GGGCUGGAAUUGGGGCAUACUCCCUCCAGCCCCCUGUGUGAGCACCCCCCCACACACAUCCAACAGGAAUCUUGUUUACCCCCUCCCCAGCCCUGCUGCGCUUGCAGUUUACCCCGAUCCCUCCCUAGCUCCUGCCUCGCUGUCCUUUUACCCCUGGCUCAUUUUACAAUUAUUCUGCCGGGGGGCCACCAAAAGUUAAUCCGACCCUGUCUCAGGUAUGAAAAACCUGUUCAGGCUUUUCUGCAUAUCACAGUAUCAUUUUAGGCCCAAACUUUCCCAUGUUGCAAUCUUCUAAAGGUUGGGUUGGUUAUCUACUGCUUCACUCAAGCCAGAUAUUACUGGGGUAGCCAGCCUUACACGGAAAAGGCUGCCAGUGCUGGUCAAGACUCAAUCUAUAGAUAGCAGCUGGGCUAUUAUUGUAGUGCCUAGGAGCUUCCUUAUUAACACAGUUGAUACUGAUAAAAUGAGAGAACAGACAUUGGAUGGCAGUAAACUUAGGCCAGGAACUCUGCCAUACUGAUUAGUCCAGAGGUCCAUCUGGUCUCUGAGGGUGGCAAGGAUCAAAUGCUUCAGAGUAUGGCACAAAACAGCCCAUAGCAGACAACUGGUCUCUAAGUGCCUAUAGGGGCCCGGCCCCGAGUUGCCCGCGUCCCUCCAGCAUGGAGCUGCUGGGCGCCAACCUGUCCGCGCUGCCCCGCCUGCAGGAAUACGACUUCGAGCGGCACUUCGACGAGCUGCAGGCGAUCCAGUGGAUGCGGGAGAACUGGCGUAAAUCUUUCUCGUUCGCCUUGGCUUACGUGUUGCUGAUCUUCGGAGGCCAGCAUGUCAUGAAGCAGCGGAGAGGGUACGACCUGCGCAAGCCACUGGUCCUGUGGUCACUCAGCCUGGCCUUGUUCAGUAUCAUCGGCACCCUGAGGACGUGGGUAUACAUGGGAUUCGUCCUCUCCACCAGUGGAUUUAAGCGAUCUGUAUGUGAUCCAGGCUUCUAUACUGGCCCUGUCAGCAAGUUCUGGGCAUAUAUGUUUGUCCUAAGCAAAGUACCAGAAUUGGGUGACACGAUGUUCAUCGUUCUCCGGAAGCAACGGCUCAUCUUCCUGCACUGGUACCACCAUGUCACGGUGCUGCUCUACGCCUGCUGUUCUGCUGCUGACUUCCACUGCACCUUGGCAUAUGACUUCUUUCAGAUUCCCCGGCUGGAUGGCAAUUCUGCAAGAGAAUUCACCCCUUACUGGAGGGUGCUGAGCAGCUCCCACUGCGGUGAUCUCUGCAUGGGCAACCUGCUCCAGAAACCUCUCCCCUUGGGACUUGCAUCCGAACACUGAAAAAGGGCUUUGGUGAUGCUAGCUUUAACAGCAAUACAUUUAUUAUAACUAACGAGCAGGGUCCAGCUUAUUCUACAGCAUCAAAACUUGCUGCUGUCUUUCCAGACUUAUGCAGCCAAAUUGAAACUUUCAUUUUUAAGUUUCUGGGUGUUAGUUAUGAAGAAAACAUUAAUCUGAACUGAAUGUAGAGUGGUGCGGUACUGUCUUCCUCAGUCUACAGCCAGCCAAAGUAAUAGCUCUGAGUUAACGCCUUAUUUAGCGCGAAUGGAUGUACACUCUGAAAUCUAAGGACAGCAGUUUGCUGACCAAUGGACAUUUAAUGUGAAAGUUAAUCUGGAAAAAAACUUCCCGCUAAACUACUUGUUCUGCAAUCCCAAAUUACCUUCCCUCCAUUUUCAUCCUACCCGGUUUCCAAGUGUCUAUUUCCUCUUGACAAUUGCUAAGUGGAGUCCUACAUCAUUCCGGAGCUCUGCAGCACAGGGCAAAGUAGGUGGCAGUGUAGAAUUAAAUAAGGAACACUAUGCUGAUUGUAUUAUUCAUAUUUAUAUUAAUAGUAUCUGGUAAAUUAACUGAGGUUGCCUCCCCAUCAUCCGUGCCCCUGGAGUUCUGCAGAAUCCAUCUCUAGCUUGCUGCAGUGUUGCGUGGGACCUUGUAGAAGUGCUGAGUACCUAUGACUCCCCUCAGCUUCAGUGAGAUUUGCAGGUUUACCCAUCCCCGAAGACCAGGGCAAGCUGUAGAAAGGUUAGAAAGAAACUGUCUGCGUGUCGCUGGGUGUUUUGUCCUGGUUGUUACAAGACUUGCAAAGCAGCCAACAGCAAAGAACUGUAAAUGUCUCUGAACCAGAUCUGCAAAUCCAUUCCAACUGUUUCUGAAAUGGUUACUAUGUGAUAUGUGAAUUUGGUUAAUAAAGUGUGUGGUUUUUAUCACUCUC